AUUCUGUUUAUAGUUGGUUUAACUGCUGUGAUGUGCACUGCGUCUGUCUGCUUUCGAGUUGAGCGGCCAAACAAACAAUUCUAGUCACGCGUAUUGAAAGCUUGGGCACUUCAAUAACCCGCUUGCAUAGCCAGCCUUUGCUGUGAACAACCAACAAAUACAAAAUAAACACAACCGCAAAAGCUCACACAACACGCUCCACAAAAUGGACGAGCUGAAUGGAAUAUUGCAAAAAACCAAAGAUAAAUCAACUCAAAGGGAACAGGACGAGAUUCUACUGCAGCCCUUUACAUAUAUACAGCAAAUACCUGGCAAACAGUUUCGCUCCGAAUUGGCCUUGGCCUUCAAUCACUGGUUGCUUAUACCGCCCGAAAAGUUGACGCAAAUUGGCGAGAUUGUACAAAUGCUGCAUAAUUCCAGUUUGCUCAUUGAUGAUAUUGAAGACAAUUCGAUACUUCGCAGAGGUGUGCCCGUUGCGCAUUCUAUUUAUGGCGUGGCGAGCACCAUCAAUGCGGCCAAUUAUACUCUGUUCCUGGCGUUGGAAAAAGUGCAGCAACUGGGCCAUCCAGAGGCAACCAAGGUGUACACGGAACAGCUAUUGGAACUGCAUCGCGGCCAAGGCAUGGAGAUUUACUGGCGCGAUAGCUUUACAUGUCCCUCCGAAUCUGAUUACAAACUGAUGACUAUACGUAAGACUGGGGGCCUGUUCAUGCUGGCCAUACGCCUGAUGCAGCUGUUCAGUGAGAACAAGGAGGAUUUCACAAAGUUAACAGCCAUUUUGGGCCUAUAUUUUCAAAUACGUGACGAUUACUGCAAUUUGAGUUUGAAAGAGUACACGGAAAACAAGAGCUUCGCGGAGGACUUGACUGAGGGCAAAUUUGGGUUUCCAGUCAUACAUGCAGUGCGUACGCAAAAGCAAGACAAACAGGUUUUGCACAUUUUGCGACAGCGCACGCACGACAUUGAGGUCAAGAAGUACUGCAUUAGCCUGUUAGAAAAGCUCGGCAGCUUUCAGUACACACGCAAGGUGCUCGAAAGUCUUGAUGCGGAGGCGCGUGCCGAGUUGACUCGUCUGGGUGGUAAUCCCUUCUUGGAUCGACUGCUCAAUAAGCUGUUGUCCUGGAAGAACAGCGAGAGCGCCAGUAUCACGCAGUCGAACCAAAUCAAUCACAACAAUGUCACACGCAGCCCCAACCAGAACACGCUCAACUGCAAUUAACAGCCAAAGAGGCAGAAGAGGGAGCAGUUGUGAAUUGCGAAUGGCAGAGCCAAAGCCCGUGCCGCAGCCGCCUCCUCUUUUGCUGCUAAUCCAAAAGCAACGCAACAGCCACAGCCACAGCCACAGACGCAGCAGCAGCAGCUACCACGACACCAAGCAGCCUGCUUCAGUGCGCCUUUGUUGCGUUUUCUUCGUAAACUAAAAAUCUUUUAAGGAUUUAAUAUGUACAUGUUCACUCACUUUGCCUCCCAAAGCUGCUCAAUGGCGAAUGUUUGAUUUUAUUUGAUCACACAA